GAGGGCUAAAAGCAGCAGCUUUGCAAGGACCACACUGAAAAAAAAGCUCUCAACUUUCUCCGUUCCUCUUCCCGGCGGCGGCGAUGGAUACCACCAGCUUCCCGGCGGUGUGGGCGGUGGUGGGGCCGGGCGUCGCCGGCGCCGUAUUCGGGGUCGGCUGGUGGUUCUGGGUCGACGCCGUCGUCUGCAGCGCCGCCGCCGUCCCGUUCCUUCACUACCUCCCCGGGUUAUUUGCUUCGUUCGCCGCGCUCAUGUUCAACUGCGUGAAGAGGGAAGACGCCAACUACAAUUACUACUCGCCCUACGACGACUCCGAGUGGAGGUUGAAACUCUGGCUUUUUGUUUCAUACGUGGUGUCUUUUGUUUCCUUGGCUGGGGCUGUUGGUUUUUUGGUCCAAGACGCACUUACAGAUACAGGUCCAUCUGCAUGGACUGGUGUUGCUGGCGUCCUACAGUCUGUGUUUGUGCUUAUAAGUGGGUUGAUGUACUGGACUUGUCAUUCUGAAGAUUGAUUUAACAAGUAUGCCAAGAUAGACGAGGAAUGUAAAGGCGAUUCGGAAAUAACCUUGUUACGGGAUAUGUGAAAUUUUGUGUCGCACUAUACAGUUCUGCUCAUAGUUUAGUAACUCUGUAAAUAUAAUUGCAUAACAAGCAGCUCAAGUUAGUUUCACUGUGUUACUUUGGAGUAAACAGACCUUUAUGAAUAUAAAUAGCAUAUAUGGAUCUAUAUCUUUUUGCGCUAACCAA